CGGGGCAAAGUUGCUGCACUAUCCCCAUCUUUGGUCCAUCGAUUGAGCAUCAAUAUAUCCUUCAGUCAUGGUCAGCAAGGCUGCAUCAUUGACUACGCCGAAGCUAUCGCAUUUACUCACUCACACGGCGCCGUUUGUAUGUCUCUGCGGCCCACAAUAACGCUGCGGAUGAUCAGAUACGGCAAGACUCACAACCCUCAUAUGUCCUUUACCUCUCUAUGCUUGGGAAUUCCAUGCGACGGACCUAGCGAUAGCGACAACAUAUCACUACGAGGAUCCUGCUGAUUUCCCUCACAAACAAGACUUGUGUAAGCGGAACAGCUCGCCAACAACCAUCAUGGACGGCACCGCUAUCACGUACGCCACGUCGAAAGACUGGGUCGACAUCAUGAAGAAUCGGAGUAAAGUGCGCAUGCACGAGCUAAUUGAGCGUCUUGGAUUGAGGGCAAAAUGGUCGUCUAACAAACGGGGUAAGACCAACUUCGAAUCAGCAAUACUCAGAGAGCUAGUGCAGGACAUGGGCGACGUUGUAGCCACGCUACCAAAAGAGUCCGACGAUCUCAUGAGGCGCCUCAGCGAAGAGAACAGCCUAAAGCCAGAGGUGGAUACCCUCUUGGAGAAGCAUGGAAGCAGAAUUUGGGGGCGGGUUGGCGAUCGGGAACAUCUAAUUACAGCCAACGAGCCUGGUGUAGAAGAUGGCCUCUACCCGAAGGAUCUCUACUUUGAGAACGAAGAAGACAAACAACUCAUUCAUAAGCUGGUACAUUGGUGGAUAGGACUCAAAGCGUGCAAUGUUAUAUUGGCACGUGAGCGCUUAGAUCGCGAAAGAAAGAAGAAAGAAGAAAAUCGAAAAGCCAGAGCUGAAGCCGAGUUUAAUGGACAGACUACAGCUGGUGAGGGCAGUACUCCCGCAUCAUUUGUUGCACUUGCUCCAAACUCAGUCUUCCAGACUGAGACGGCUUCACGUGGGAGCCCCAUAUCCUCCACUGCGAUGCUGACACCCCCUGAACCCGGUGGCAGUCCGGUUGCCGGCCCCCGCGAUGGUCUCGGAUAUACUUCUGUCAAUGGCGCCGCGGUAGGCGAAGAUAGCAUUCCAAGGUCAUCCAUUUCCAAAGAACAACCUCUUAAAGUCGUUGAAGGAGUGUGGGAUAGACUUGCAGCAAGAGAGGGACAUAGUUCGCAGCAGAACCCAUCAUGGGCUACUGCAAGCGCAAGAGCACCGCCACCCGCAGACGAUGAAUCCGCUGUCCAGCAGCAGAUUGGGCUGGCAAAUCAAGCACAUGUUGACAAACAGAUUUGCGUCGAGGUCGCUAAGCUGGUUGCGAGUUUCCGGACUGACGACGCGGCCUCUGAAAACGUUCCUCAACAAAAUGCCGGGAUCCCAUACCGAGGCUUGGACUAUGAUAGCCUGCGAGCGCUUCGAGCCCUUAUCUACAACGAAGAGUGUAGCGUGCAAUGGGACGAGGACACCCUUCUCAACCGCCUAGAGAAAGCAUGGAGAGAAGGCGUGCGAGCCGAUUAUGACAAGAUGCUUGAAAACAUUCCAGUGUUCAUUGCAAGGGAGCGAGCAAUCCUAACUUGGAUCGAGCUUAGGCGACACCUCGCGGCACUCGACCGUGCGGACAGACGAUGGAAUUCCGAAGGCCAAAGCGCACCUGAAAUUGAGCGGCGCAUUCAGCAACACAGAACGCUUAUGGGCGCCACACAAACCAUCAGCGCAAAUUUCGAAGACAUCGGGCAAGGAUUUGGGCUUGGUUAUGGACUUGUUGUCGACAGAGACGAGUUGCUUCGACAAGCAUUCGUGGUGGUCGCGGGCGAAAAGUUCGCAGUCGAGAUGCUCUGGAAGCCAAUAGAGUUUACGAGGAUUGUCAGCUGGCUGGGAGAAAGCGUCGAGCCUUUCCGCAAGACGGAAGAGGAAGAAGGAAGGGGUACUCUGUGGUAUGUCGGGUAGUGCAGGUGGAAGCACAGACUGCCUGUCAAAUAUUCAUGUACAUAUUACUGUUUUCAGUCACGGCGUUCAGGGUACUUGUCGAUCACCAAUGAGCCAGCACUAUCGGAUUCGGGUAAUCGGCCAUACAUGUUUCAGUCAUCUCAUCACGUUCCAGGAUUGUGUAGGAUUGCGCUAGCCCCGUGACGCAAGUCAUUGAAAAUCUUUCGCAGCGUACGAUCAGGAAUGCAAGGCUACUUGUGUAAGGACUCCAGAAGGUGCGCUGGUGUACACAUGGAGCUUAGGACCUGUUGGGAGGGGGAGAUUACUCUUGCUCGGUAAAGUGUAGUAUUGCCA